CCCCACCCUCAAUCACAUAAAAAAAAAGAUCUCCUCAUUUUCCUUAUCUCUCUCUCUCGCGCUCUCUCUCUCUCUCUUCGAAACCCUAAAACCCCAAUUCUUCUUCUCUAACUUUCCAAACCCUAAUUCCUUCAUUCUCGAAUUCCCUUCUCUCUCGGCUCAGUUUGCUCUAGCACUCUUAGUUACUCAUCACUACACUUAUGGCUGAAGUUGAAGUUGAUCAUGUCUUUGUUGAGCCUGACGUAGAUCAAGUACCUGAACAAGUAGCUGAAGAAGUAUCUGAUCAAUUACCUGAUCAAAUACCUGAUCACGUACCUGAAAACACAGAGCCGGAACAAAAACAAGGGCGUGAUGAGGAUUCUGUCAUUGGAGGCGGUGAAAAGAAGUGGCCUGGAUGGCCUGGAGAGAGUGUUUUCCGGAUGCUGGUUCCUGCACAGAAGGUUGGUAGUAUAAUUGGACGCAGAGGGGAGUUCAUCAAAAAAAUAGUUGAGGAGACAAGAGCUCGCAUAAAAAUUCUUGAUGGUCCUCCAGGGACAGCAGAAAGAGCUGUAAUGGUAUCUGCCAAGGAGGAGCCUGAUUCUUCUCUCCCUCCUGCUAUGGAUGGCCUUCUGAGAGUUCACAAACGCAUUGUGGAUGGUUUGGAGGGUGAUUCAUCUCAUGCUCCACCAGGAAUGGGAGGCAAGGUCUCUACAAGGUUGCUUGUGGCUGCCUCUCAAGCUGGAAGUUUGAUUGGAAAACAGGGAGGAACUGUUAAAUCCAUUCAAGAGGCAUCAAACUGUAUCGUUAGAGUUCUUGGUGCAGAAGACCUACCUGUUUUUGCUCUUCAAGAUGAUAGAGUUGUUGAAGUUGUAGGGGAUCCAGCAGGUGUGCACAAGGCUGUGGAACUAAUUGCUUCCCAUCUCAGGAAGUUUUUAGUUGAUCGAAGUAUAAUUCCUAUAUUUGAAAUGCAUAUGCAAAUGGGGAAUCCUCAGAUGGAGCACAUGCCACCACCACAACAUCAAUCGUGGGGUCCACCUCAAGGUGUUCCUCCAAGUGGUGGUGGAGGUCCUGGUUAUGGACCUACCCCUCAAUACAUGCCACCUCCACGGCAACUUGACAAUUACUACCAACCUGCUGACUUGCCGCCUCCCAUGGAUAAACAGCCUCAUCACGGGAUAUCUGCCUAUGGAAGAGAAGCUCCAAUGGGUGUACAUGCGUCAUCAAAUGCCCAAACAGCACCGUCAAUGGUUACCCAGGUCACACAGCAAAUGCAAAUUCCACUAAUGUAUGCUGAUGCUGUUAUUGGGACAGCUGGUACGAGUAUCAGCUACAUUCGACGAGCUAGUGGGGCAACUGUUACUAUACAAGAAACUAGGGGUGUUCCUGGUGAAAUGACAGUUGAAAUCAGUGGAACUGCUUCCCAAGUUCAAGCUGCUCAGCAGCUGAUACAGAAUUUUAUGGUUGAUGCCGGGGCGCCACCGCCGCAACAGGCACCAGCAGGUGGGACUACUGACCAAGGUUACAAUUCAUAUCCAGCUCAUGGCUCUGUUUAUGCGUCUCCUCCCUCCAACCCUGGACAUGCAGGCCACGCUGGGGGUUAUGGCUCAGUGUAUGGCACGAAUUAUGGGUACUAAGGUAGCUGAUUGGGUAAUCAUUUUAGAGAUUAUAAAUGUCAUUAUUGCAAGUUUAGCGUACUCACUGGACCAUUGUCUUAGGUAAGUCCUAAUAUUGUACUUUGCGUCAAGCCAAAUUUUUACUUAGAGAACUUACAUAUAUUAGAUUUCAUCAUGUGCAUUAGAAUGAUUGUAUGGUUGAGUCAAUUCAACAUUAACAAUUUUUUUGAGACUAAAUUACAGCUGCUGCUUGCUUUGAAUGUA